AUGUUGAAAGGAACUGUCAUUUGGGCCUGCGUGCUCACAAUUCUCAGUUUUACAGCUGCUUCAUCCAAGUUUAACGCUAAGGACAUCACCAGCGACUCUCAGUUCGUAUUGAAAUCGCUCGCAGAAUUUCGUCAACAAGCUCACCUAUACAAGUCUUUAAGGAUUCAUGCUCAGAUGAUCGAAGAAUCCUUCAACAAUGACGAAGCCAAUAAAAAUUUACAGUCAGCCUUAGCCACUUCAGCUAAAUUAAUGUCUGAUUUACUAUACUUUUAUUAAAAAAUAUAAGCUAAUGCUAGACAAUAAGUAUCUAGAUUUAUAUAAAAAUAAAAAUUGCUCUUAAAAAACAUAUAAAAAAUUUUUAUCAAAAAAAAUACUCACUAAGCCUACAACAGGUCAGCUAAGGCUUGGCGAGAAUAAUCAAUGCACAGAUAUCCUGUUUAGUCAGAUAAUCCAAAGCAAAGAUUUAUCCGCGGAUAUCACUAUAUUCGCUGUUAAUAAUGAAGAAAAGGGAGAAAUUGCAUCCUCAAAGAAGUGUGAGGUGAACGAAAAUAAGACUAUUAGGUCUUUAGCUCUGGAAAUUAAUGCUGAAAAACUUAUGAAGCUAGAUGAACUUUCACAGGUCAAAGAACUUUGUAUUGCAAUCUCUAAAGCCUUAUAUGAAGACAAGGAAGGGGAAAGACAAGUACUGAUGAGCGAGAUAGGAGGAGUUUUAGCAAAAGAGAGAGAAAUAAAAAUAGCACCAAUUCUUGGAGCUUGUGAUGCUGGUCAAAGCUUAAACUUAAAUUAGUUAAAGAGAAGCCCCCUAUAGGGCCACAGAUACUAAUCGCCUCCGGAUAACGCUCCGCCGCUUCUUAUCAGUUGGGGUCGCCAUAUCGUAAGCAACGGGUUCUUCUUUCAGAUAAUUUGAAAAGGAAAUUUUUCUGGUAGGACUGUCGACCAAAAGAACCAAGUGCACCUUUGGCCUUGCUAGGCUUUCCCUUCUAACUCCAGCGAGCCAUCUCCUCAGGAGGUAAAAUCUUGGUCUUUAUGCGAGCAUGCAGUCGGCUAAUUCCAGCAUUGCGCUCACCAACCAAUUAAACUGUAGCCGAUUACACUCUUCUGAAUGCUGUCCUCCCUUCCACAAGGUCCCCGGCUUUCCAAAUGAACCUAUCGGCAAGAGAUAUUAAGAGGGCGGAUUGGCUCACCUCGCCAUUUAAUGUAUCUUCUGGUCAAAACAACUGUAUAACUUGCGCUGAUGCAGACAAUUGCCAAACUUGUGCUGAUGGCUAUUUUGUAAGUGGAGGAGCUUGUGCAGCUUGCAAUACUAACUGUGCUACUUGCACCACAACCGCUGGUAACUGUGCAACUUGCUCUGAUACAACUCAUAUGUCAGCUGCUCCAGCUUGUGCUUGCCCAACUAACGGAGCUCUCUCAGGAACAACUUGCACUUGUAACGCCGGCUAUUACUUCAGUGCUGGCACUGUCUGCUCUGCUUGCAAUACUAACUGCGCCACUUGUACCACAACCGCUGGUAACUGUGCAACUUGCUCUGAUACAACUCAUAUGUCAGCUGCUCCAGCCUGUGCUUGCCCAACUAACGGAGCUCUCUCAGGAACAACUUGCACUUGUAACGCCGGCUAUUACUUCAGUGCUGGCACUGUCUGCUCUGCUUGCAAUACUAACUGCGCCACUUGUACCACAACCGCUGGUAACUGUGCAACUUGCUCUGAUACAACUCAUAUGUCAGCUGCUCCAGCUUGUGCUUGCCCAACUAACGGAGCUCUCUCAGGAACAACUUGCACUUGUAACGCCGGCUAUUACUUCAGUGCUGGCACUGUCUGCUCUGCUUGCAAUACUAACUGCGCCACUUGCACCACAACCGCUGGUAACUGUGCAACUUGCUCUGAUACAACUCAUAUGUCAGCUGCUCCAGCUUGUGCUUGCCCAACUAACGGAGCUCUCUCAGGAACUACUUGUACUUGCAACGCCGGCUAUUACUUCAGCGCGGACACUGUCUGUUCUGCUUGCAAUACCAACUGCGCUACUUGCACCGCAAGCGCUGGCAACUGUGCAACUUGCUCUGAUACAACUCAUAUGUCAGCUGCUCCAGCCUGUGCUUGCCCAACUAAUGGAGCUCUCUCAGGAACAACUUGCACUUGCAACGCAGGCUAUUACUUCAGCGCUGACACUGUCUGUUCUGUCUGUAAUACUAAUUGCGCUACAUGCACCGCAAGCGCUGGUAACUGUGCAACUUGCUCUGAUACAACUCAUAUGUCAGCUGCUCCAGCCUGUGCUUGCCCAACUAACGGAGCUCUCUCAGGAACAACUUGUACUUGCAACGCUGGCUAUUACUUCAGCGCUGACACUGUCUGUUCUGCCUGUAAUACUAAUUGCGCUACUUGUACCACAACCGCUGGCAACUGUGCAACUUGCUCUGAUGCAACUCAUAUGUCAGCUGCUCCAGCCUGUGCUUGCCCAACUAACGGAGCUCUCUCAGGAACAACUUGUACUUGCAAUGCAGGCUAUUACUUCAGCGCUGACACUGUCUGUUCUGCUUGCAAUACAAACUGCGCUACAUGUGAAACUGCUGCUGAUGAGUGUUUAACUUGUGCUGAUGCCACCCAUAUGUCAGAUGCCCCAGCAUGUGCCUGUCCAACUAAUGCAGCACUAUUAGGGACUGCUUGUGCUUGUAACGCUGGCUAUUUCUUUAGCGCAGAUACUGUCUGUUCUACUUGCAAUACCAAUUGUGCAACAUGUUCUACAAGUGCUGCAACUUGUGAUACAUGCGCAGACUCAACUCACAUGACAGCUGCUCCAGCUUGUGCCUGUCCAACAGAUAGUGCUUUUACAGAUGGAAACUGUGUUUGCGACACUGGCUAUUACUAUAGCGCCGAUACCGUGUGCUCCGCUUGCACUGCCCCAUGCUCUGAAUGUUCAACUUCAGCUACAACUUGCACAGCAUGCGAGGAUGGGUACUAUCUGAGUGGAAAUUCUUGCCUCCCUUGUACUGCCCCAUGCAACACUUGCUCAACUUCAGCGACUACCUGCACAGCUUGCGACGAUUCAGAUAACAUGUCUCUAGAUGAAGGAGUUUGCACAUGUAAAGACGCUCAUGCCACUUUUAGCACUACUUCAAAUACAUGUGUUUGCAAUAGUGACUAUUUCGAUAACAACGGAGUCUGUACUCAAUGCACUUCUCCUUGCAAUGAAUGUACAUCAGCAACAAGCUGCCAGGGAUGUAUAGAUGGAUAUUGGCUUAACGCAGGAGUUUGUGAAGCUUGCACACCUCCUUGCGCUAAAUGUAGCACUUCAGGUACUACAUGCACUGAUUGUGUUGCCGGCACAACAUUAAAUGCUGGCACUUGUUCAUGCACAGAUCCUAAUGCCAGUUUCAAUGAUAACUCUGAUGCAUGCGUUUGUAAUCCAGGAUACUAUGCAGCUGCUGGAGGAACUUGCACAAUCUGCGAUAACAAUUGCGCCACUUGCACUGGAACUGCAACCACUUGUGAUUCAUGCAAAACUGGUUUUGUGAUAAACGGAAAUGUAUGUGAUGCUUGCGGUGCAGGCUGUAAAGUAUGUACAAGCUCAACUGUUUGCACAACAUGUUAUGAUACAACUGCUUUCUCAACUCUUAAAAAUGGCGUUUGUGGUUGCACUGAUCCUAACCAAAUCUUCAAUGACCAAGGCUUCUGCACAUGCAACUCUGGAUAUUUCCCAAAUGUAGAUAAAUGUGUAGCAUGUGGCAAAGGAUGCAAAACUUGCACAAGUGCAGCAUCAUGCAAAUUCUGUUGGGAUACCAAGAAUGGAGUAGUAAAUACCGAUGGAACUUGCUCUUGCAUAUUAGCUGGCCAAGAAUAUGAUCCUACUGGGCAUGUAUGUAAUUGCCUUGUCCACACUUAUGGAAAUUACACCACUGAGAAAUGUGAAACAUGUAGUAUAGGUUGCAGCACAUGCACAAACUCCACACUUUGUGACGAGUGUUACGACUCCACAAAUAUGCAAGAAGAUAAAGACGGGACUUGUAGUUGUAAAGAUGACGACCAGAGAUUCUCGACUUCGAAUGACAAGUGCAUUGAUAGAGAAGAUAGUGCAAUUGGUUUGGCUUUCUCUUGGAUCUUGCUUGUUUCAGCAAUGAUCUUCUCGCUUUAG